UGUCCAAGAUGGCGGCUGAGUGGAGGGCCGGGGAGCCCCUCUCUGCAUCCCGGGGCUGGUGAGAGAGGGGUGCAGGGGCUGGGCACACUACAUGGCGCUGGGAAGGCUGGCACUGCUGUGGGGAUUGCACUGGGCAGGCUGUGUCCUGGUGGUGGCUGCAGGAAAGAGCACUUGGUUGGACCUCAGCUGCCACCCCGGUCCCAAUGACAUUGUUCUCCCGCCUGGCCAAGAAGCCAUUUUGCACUGUGACGUCGGCAACAUGGAGUGGGGCACCAAUGUCACCUGGUGGAAGAACGGAAAGCAACUAAACCCAGAAAACCUCACUGUGCUUCCUAAUGGAGGGCUGCUUCUGUCACAAGGUGAAGGGUCAAGCGUUGAGGGAAGUUACUCCUGCACCUAUCAGAACGCCUUCGGAGCGGUGAAAGGCAGAACCGGUACCAUCAGAUUGGCAGGACUGCCACCUUUUCACAUGCAUCCUGAUCCUCAGAUUGUACAUCAGGGCAGCCUGGCAAGAUUUGAAUGUGGCAUCAGUGCGACUCCGCCGGCGCAGAUCACGUGGCAGAAGGACCAGGCUCAGCUUCCUGCAAGUAAGAGGUUCACCCGGCUCCCUUCUGGGGUUCUGCUGAUCUCUCGGGUGCAGCCGGAGGAUGCCGGCUUAUAUCGCUGUGCGGCAACUAACAUGGUGAACACCAGAUACAGCAAUGAAGCUCAACUCUCUGUGGACCAAGAUCCAAAACCAUUCGCUGAUGAGCUGACAAUAACCAGAAUCCCACAGAACCUCACCAUGGAGGAAGGACAGAGUGCAGUAAUGGAGUGUUCGGCAGAGGGAAAUGGGAUGCCUGUUUUUUCUUGGGUUCGUCAAGAUGGCGAUCCACUCUCCUCGGAUAUCGUCCUACUUGGAGAAAGUAACCUCCUGAUCAAGCACAUUCAGGCCCACCAUGCUGGAGUUUAUGUGUGCCGAGCCAGCUAUCCGCACAGUCAGCAUUUUAUUACCACUUCAGCCCAGCUACAAGUUUUAGUGCCCCCAUUUAUUACACAACCGCCAGAGAUCAUUACACGAGCACGGGCCGGCACGGCUCGUUUUUCCUGCAGCGCUACCGGAGAUCCGGAACCCAUCAUCACCUGGCUGAAGAAUGGACAGCAACUUUCUCCAAACGGGAGAGUGCGGCUUCAGUCGAGGGGCAGUCUGGUGAUCACACAGAUCGACCUGGAGGAUGCUGGGUAUUAUCAAUGCGUGGCCACCAAUAUACUGGGCAGUGCCUGUGCCACAACUAGACUCCAUGUGACGGUCCAGAAUGGUCUACCUGGUCCACCACAAGACCUAAGAGCCCUGGCUGUGACCAGCAAGAUGGUGACGGUGACCUGGGGGAGACCGCAGAGCAACUGGGAGAGGGUCAUUGGCUUCUCUCUGCAUUACACGAAGACAGGCGGUUCUGAAAACAUGGAGUAUCAGUUUGCCGUUAAUAAUGACACCACGGAGCUGAAUGUGAAAUACUUGGAGCCGGGGACCAAUUAUACCUUUUAUGUUGUCGCUUAUUCUCCGCAAGGAGCCAGCCGAGCCUCGGAGCCCCUGGUGGCUCAGACAUGGGAUGACGUACCAGCAGCUGCCCCCAUGUUGUCACUGAACGGUGAGACCCCAGAGGAUAUCCAUGUUAAAUGGCUGCCCCUUCAGCCUGAGCUAACCAACGGCCACAUCACCAAGUACCGCAUCGAAUACGCCACGCAGAAAGACGGCGUGGUCUCCAUGGUAGAAGUUGGAGGAAAUGAGACUGGGGUUGCGCUCUCUUCCCUGCAGCCCGGUACUGUCUAUAAAGUGCGGAUUUCGGCCAGCACCUCGGCGGGAUAUGGUGCACCCUCCAACUGGUUGCUGCAGCGCACUCUAGACUCAGUCAACCAGACACAAGUGGAGCAGGCACAAGUCCAACUGAAGGUCAUCGCCCACACCGAUUCCCUAUUUGUCAGCUGGCAGCUGCCUCGCGCCGAUCUCCUGAUCACCGGCUACAGGCUUUAUUACCGCCGGGUGUGUCCUACCCCGGAUCCCGCCAUAUCCUGUCCAUGGCAAGGGAAGAAUGACUGGGACCGAGGACCUAUUAAACUGAAGAAGAAGAGGAAACAAUAUGAGAUAAUUGACCUCAUUCCUGGACAGUUGUACCAAGUGCGGUUGGUGACUUACUAUAAGAAGCAAGAAAUGCAGACCGUCACAUGGGAAGGAAGAACCAGACAGAUUCCAACUGCCCCACCAGAUUUUAAAGCCCAGAGGAUCCCUCCACUACCACCCAGCCAUAUCCAGGUGGAACCCAACAGCUCAACGUCUGUAUGGGUGAAAUGGAGGAAGCCGAUAAUCAGCAACAAAAUAGUGAAUUAUACUGUACGGUGUGGGCCGUGGGGAGCCAAGAACGCCUCACUAUUCACCUAUCACAGCAGCGUCUCGGAGGAGAUCCUGAUCAGUGGCCUUAAACCGUAUAUGAGGUAUGAGUUUGCAGUGCAGUCGAAUGGCGCUGGAGUGGAUGGACCUUACAGUAACAUCGUAGAAAAGAUGACCCUUCCAGAUAGGCCGUCCUCCCCUCCAGCUGACUUGAUGCUCCAAUCGUUGUCGCACUCUUCAGUCCAGGUACACUGGCGCCCUCCUUUGGAGUCAAACGGAAUAAUCAUGCAGUACUUAAUCUUGUACACUGCCAACAGAAGCCAUCCUGAUGAAAUGUGGACUCUUUUAACCAAGGAAGGUAAUGUGUUCAGUACAGACGUUCAGGAUUUACAAACUGGGGCAAAAUAUUACUUCAAGAUGGGCGCCAAGACAUCAUCAGGCUGGGGACCAUACUCCAAUGUGGUGGAGGUGGAGACGCUGCCUCCGAGGCUACCAGAUGUCCUGGAUAUGAAUUCUGUCACCGGGAUCAUUGUCGGGGUCUGUCUGUGCCUCCUGUGCCUCCUACUCUGCAUGUGUGCAAGUUUCCAACAAGGCAAACAGAGGGAUUCCGGAUCUGAAUUGGUGCCCCGGACUAGCAGAGGACCCUCUUCCUUUCAGAGGGCUAGACAGGGGUCCUGUUCCCAAAGCCACUGCCAGGACUCACAUGAGCUGGAGACCUUAAUGCCUCCUCGACAAGAAGAGACCCCCUCCUCCCUUCCAAUCCCGGAGGUCACGGAGCUCAUAGGAGGUCUCGUCUCCAACCCGCCGUCAGAGGACAAGAACCCUCUGAAGAUGAAGACAUCAUGGAAUGGGUCGAUCACCCAGAACUGGGCAAACCACAUCACCAGUUAUGCAGAAACUAUACCCGGUGAGCUCACCAACGCUGCCAAUGGUUCAGCAAACCACCUAACCACCGGAGGCAUACGGAUGGUCCUCCAUGAUAUCUCCUAUGAAAGUCAUAAGGUGGAUGUUGGAAGGAAUCAUCGAAAUCCGUCUCAGAACCAAGUGGAGGCAGAUGUCAUUGUACACUCUGACUUCUCCGCCUCCGAGCGUAGCGGACGCUGUGCUGGGCUGGACUCAGAAGAAGAGGAAGAAGAAAUUAGUUUGGAUCAUGACAAAGGCCCCACUGAGUGUUUGACUCCAACCUCUAACCCUCACACACAGCCAUUGGCCACUGAAAGCGAGAGCCAAGACUGGAGCAAUCAGCCACUGGUGGCCAUCAGUACAGAACACACAUUAAACAUGGUGGCCACAAAGACCCCACACCUUGCCAAUGGUAUCUCCUCCAGGAGUGGGGACUCUCAGGACAAUCAAACUGUCACUGGCUCUCCUUUCACUGUAGAUGGUGGGGAUUCAUGUUUAGAAGAUGUGCCCCUAUCUUCAAGAGCUCAGCAAGAAUUGCCUCUAAGCAAUAUACCGGUCCUACCGCACGUAAUGAACUCAGAGGAGACUGUGCACUGAACUGGAACCUGGAGAACUAAAGAAGAUCCACACACCAGAUCUAAAGUUUUUUUUUUUUUUUUUU